GGUUGGCAGUGGAAUUAACAGUAUUUUGUUGGAGAUACCUACAUAUCUGAGGCCUUCUGAGGGUGGCAUCCAAAGGAAGUUCCCUUUUUUCAGAAUUCUGGAAUACUCUGAGAAAAACAGCCCCCAGAAAUGAUGGACUUGAUCCCAGUGUAUGGAAUGGUGCAAUAAUGUCACGUGGGCAGUGCAGUGUCACUGAAACUGGUGGCUGGAGGUGAUAAGGAGCUCAAGUUUGGAGCAGCGAUGGAAAAUCUCCCAGGGAUGAUUGCUGCUAGGAGUGAAAAGAAAGCAUAAAGACUGGGAGGGAUGCUCUUCAAUGGAAAAUUCACUGUGUGGUCAAAGAGCAGAAGAGUCUGCAGAGAGCUCUAUUUGUGCAUUCUGCAUCGAAGAAGUAGAUGCGUGCUCCUGUGAAGGAUGAAAACAGCAAUCUCUCCAGCUUGCAGAAGGCUUCUCCAGAUCCUUGUUCUUAAUUGUAGUCAAUAUGAAGCUGUUGAUUGGACUCCGGGAUUACAUCGAACCUUGUUACUAGAUGACUGUGUGAGUGGAGGUGCUACCUGUGAACAGUUUCACACUACUGAAAGGCCUGAAACUAAGAGGCAUUUGUCCUUGAAACCAGUCAUGAAUGGAAGGUGAUGUUGAGAAGUCGUUAUCCAUCACUCUGGAAGAGUUGGUGAUGGGCAGACUGCCUGGCUUCUGGCAUGGCAUUUGGGUACAGGGGAUGGAAAAACAGAAGCUUAUCCAGAAAUCCUGAAAUACAUGGUCUGAUUUUUCCAGAACUGGAACAAGAGAAGCACCUCACCAAAAGAGAGCAAAUGCUGUCAUUUGACCUUUUCAGCCUUUGGAUUCUCAGUGCAUCUGACUCGACCAGGCAGGUCUGGGGAAGAGAAAAAUUAACAGCAGAUGGAUUUAUGAAAAGAGCUCAGUGGCAGAUGGUGCCUACAGAUAUUUACUGACAUGGCCUCGGUCUUACAGGGUUAAUGAGGUCCUGUGGCAAUAAAUUUCACCAGUUAGUAGCGUUAAAUAAGGAAGAACAUGAAAGAUACGUUUCCACAACCUGCUGUGUUCCCAGAUGAAUCCCUGAGUUCAGGUUCCAGCUUUGGGUACUGCACGUUGGAAAACACAUCCUUUAAUGUGAGAGUGUAUUAUGAAGAACUUCAGUCCUGAUUCACAGAGUUCCAGUUGCUUAGUUUCCUUUUAUAGAGCAAUUGAUGUGAGAAGGAACCUCUGGUUGUCUGUAUUCCAAGCCCUCCUGUUCGAAGCAUUACAGCUAGAUCAGGCUACUUCAGCUGUGUCUGACCUAAUUCCCUCCUCUUCCACCCCAAAGGAACAAGGAAACAAAAAAAAUCUCCCUGAAAAGUCCGUAGGAACAUGAAAGCAAGCACUCUGGGACAUAAAAUGGGCUCUGUUACAAUGGGAACUUUGUGUGGGGCUCUGGCGUGCACGCUGGAUGGCGGUGAUGCGAGCGGCAGCCGCGCUGUGACAUGAAGAUUCUGAUGGUUUAAGGAAGGGAGAGAGAGCAGUUCUAAAAAGAAGAGAGAGGCAAAGGGGAAAAAGCAAAAAGGGGAAGAGAGAGAAGAAAACAGCUGGCGAGAGGAAAAGGAGGACGUUUGUUGGUGACAAAAGGAUGGGUUUCCAUUUAAUUAAGCAGCUGAGGGGCAUGAGUGUGGUGUUAGUGCUACUUCCUGUGGUGCUGUUUGUUAUGCUUGCGGGGGCUCAGCGAGCUUGCCCCAAGAACUGCAGAUGCGAUGGCAAGAUUGUGUACUGCGAAUCUCACGCGUUCAGAGACAUCCCUCAGAAUAUUUCUGGAGGGUCUCAAGGCUUAUCGUUGCGGUACAACAGCAUUCAGAAGCUUAAAUCAAAUCAGUUUGCGGGCCUCAAUCAGCUCAUAUGGCUUUAUCUUGACCAUAAUUACAUCAACUCUGUGGACGAGGAUGCGUUUCAGGGGAUCCGCAGGCUGAAGGAAUUAAUUCUGAGCUCCAACAAAAUUACCCAUCUGCACAACAAAACGUUUCACCCCGUCCCCAACCUCCGCAACCUGGACCUCUCGUACAACAAGCUGCAGGUGCUGCAGUCCGAGCAGUUCAAGGGCCUUCGCAAACUCUUGAUCUUGCAUUUGCGGUCUAACUCGCUGAAGACCGUGCCCAUCCGAGUUUUCCAAGAUUGCCGCAACCUCGAUUUUCUGGAUUUGGGCUACAACCGCCUGCGGAGCUUAUCCCGUAAUGCUUUCGCUGGCCUUUUGAAGUUGACGGAGCUCCAUUUGGAGCACAACCAGUUUUCUAAGAUCAAUUUUGCCCACUUCCCACGCCUCUUCAACCUUCGCUCGAUUUACUUGCAGUGGAAUAGGAUCCGGUCUAUCAGCCAAGGGUUAACAUGGACUUGGAGUUCCUUGCACAACUUGGAUUUAUCAGGAAAUGACAUUACAGGGAUAGAGCCCGGGACGUUCCAGUGCCUCCCCAACCUGCAAAAACUGAACCUGGAUUCCAACAAACUCACCAACAUCUCUCAGGAGACCAUCAAUACGUGGAUCUCGCUCAUCUCCAUCACUCUGUCCGGAAAUAUGUGGGAAUGUACUCGAAGCAUUUGCCCUCUGUUUACUUGGCUUAAGAAUUUCAAGGGAAAUAAAGAAAGCACUAUGAUAUGUGCAGGCCCUAAACAAAUCCAGGGUGAAAAAGUGAGCGAUGCUGUGGAGACAUACAAUAUCUGUGCUGAAAUCCAGGUGGUGGUUACUGAAAGAUCGUAUCAGGCACCCAAAACUCCCCAGAGACCUGUCUUUAUUCCUAAGCCUACCGUUUCCAAACUUGAAAGCAAUCAGCCAACGUCGGUUGUGCCAAGCCCUUCCACUGAGCUCCCAACGCCUGCAGUGGAACCCGAGUACGAGCACGUUUCCUUUCACAAAAUCAUUGCUGGGAGCGUGGCCCUCUUUCUUUCCGUGGCCAUGAUUUUGUUGGUUAUCUACGUGUCGUGGAAGCGCUAUCCAGCCAGCAUGAAGCAGCUCCAGCAGCAUUCGCUCAUGAAGAGGCGCAGGAAAAAGGCCAGGGAGUCUGAAAGGCAAAUGAACUCCCCUUUACAGGAGUAUUACGUGGACUACAAGCCAACAAACUCUGAGACCAUGGAUGUAUCCGUUAAUGGAUCUGGGCCCUGCACGUAUACCAUCUCUGGCUCCAGGGAAUGUGAGGUCCCUCACCACAUGAAGACUUUACCCUACUACAGCUACGACCAACCGGUGAUCAGCUACUGCCAAGCCCACAAGCCCCUCCACGUCAACAAGGGCUACGACAGCAUGGCCCGGGAGCAGCCAGAGCCCACCAACCUGGAACUCAGUCGGGACCACAGCUUCAUAGCCACGAUCGCACGCUCGGCGGCUCCGGCCAUCUACAUUGAGAGAAUACCAAACUAGGGCCGGAGGCAGCGGGGAGCUCUUCCAAGGGACCUUUCAGCUCAGAAGAGAGCAGGGCCAGGAACUAAAAUCCACCAUUCCACUUCAAGAUGUUCCAACACAGACCAAGGGAAGGGGAUUAAGCAGACCCCGCAGACUGGAAACGCUGUCUCGCAGUACACACUGAGAACUUCAGGAUUUUCUUUGCUUUAAACUUUCAAACAAAUUCCUCAAUGUAAAUAUUAAAGAGAGAUUGUCGAGUUCUUAUUAAAAAAAAAAAAAAAUAGAUUUCACUCUAGCUACAUAAAGGGAUGGAUUAAGA